UAAAAUUCAAAUUUUGUAAAAUUAUUAUAUAUAAAAUGAAUAAACAUUUAAUUACAGAAAAUAUAUUUAUAAAUUUAAAUAUAAUGAUUUUAUAUAUUAUAUAUUUAAUAAUUGUAAUUUAAAUAAUAAUUAACUAGCUGAUCAAGGAGUAAACUCAUCACCCCGUGUGUUAUCCUUAUUUUUUUACAUAUCGUCACGAAAAACUAUAUUACGUUUACAUCUAAAAUCGACUUUAUUGAUUUGUUUUCAUUAAAUUUGCAGAAACUUUUAGUAGAGAAACUAUUUGAUUAGUAGGUCAAUAUGAUUUAAUAUGAUUAAAAUAUGUUGAUUUUAAUAUACAUUUCUAAAUUUUAUAACUAACAUUAACAAUCAUAAUUACCGGGUACCGAUAUAUACAUGUUUGUGUGUACAUAACCUUAGAAAUGAAGAGAUUUUUUAAAGGAAAAUUUGUUCAGCAGUUUUUACCAUUUAUGAUACUCGUUAUAGGAGGUUCGUUUGUUGUUCAGGAAUUUGUAGGCCUAAAAUAUAAAUAUCCAAGGAUUAUGUCACACGAUUUAGAUACAGAAAUUAAAAAACAAGGUAUUAAAAUGAAAAAGUCUCGUACUCUCGAAGAGGAAUAUGAGCUAAUGAAAGUAAGUGAACUUUGAUUAAAGGAUAUUUAUUAAAUAUAUGAAAAAUAUUAUUUUUUUCAUGGUGAGAAUUAUUUCAACUUAUAAUUAUAUCACAAAUUCUUUUUAUUAAUGCUUGAAGUUGACUACAUAAGUUACUAGCAUCAUUUGGCCCUAAUCAUUCUUAUAAAUUCGCUUCGAGUAUUAAAUGUUGUGCAUUUAAGAUGAGGUUCGAAUGGAUCUAAUUACUACCGUCUAAAUAUUAAUGUUAUCAUUUGAACUGAAAUUCCCUCACAUCUUUAAAUACUAAUUUAUUCAUCAUUAGGAAAAAUAUAAAAUUUUAACUAUUCUUUUAACAAAUUAUAUUUAUUAAUAAAUUUAUUGAUAUUUAUUAAUUAUAUAUACUUAAGAAAUUUAUAAUUUUGUCAAGUUAUAUAUUUAUAACUUUUGUCAAAUUUUGUCAAUUAUACAAAUACAAUUGUUUGUCUGUCAAAACUAGAAACAAGAGCAUGCUAUUUUUAUAUAUUCACAAACGAAAAAUGCAAAUAAAGUUAUGAAUAUUUAUAUUGAUAAAUAUGGUUAACACACAAUAUUUAUAUAUAAAGCACAUUAUGAAUUAUACAUCUGUGUGUUACAUUUAGUAUUACAUCUUUAGAAACAAUUAAAUAAAAUUAUAUUGUAAAAAUUUUGCAACUUAUAAAAAUAUUAUUGUUUUUAAAAAAAUAUAAUUGUAUUAAUAUAUUAAAUAAUCAUAGAAAAUGUGCUUUAUAUUGAUACAUAUAUUUAGAAGUUCGCUUGAUAUAGUCAUAGUAAUAUUUAACUUCAUGUUUAUAGACUUUAGAUAUUGAUAAUUGGGAAAAUAUUCGUAUAUCACGACCAUGGGAGGAAUCAAAUGUAAAUAAUUGAGAUUCUACUUAGAAGAAAUGUUCACUUUAAGAGGAAAAAGAACAUAUGUACAUGUCUAUAUGUAUAUAGUAUUUAUAAACAAUUAUUGUAGGGUACUAUAGUUAUUAUAAAGACUAUAUUAAAAUCCUUUAUACAUAUGACUGUAAUAAUUAAUAAUUGAAGAAAGUUGUGGCAUAUGAUUUCUAUCAGUAAUUAUGUUGUGUUACAGAUUGUAAUUCUAUAAAUAAAUAAUAUCAUUAAUUAAAUUAAGAAAAGUUUCAAAAUUUUAGCAUGUUACACUUACUUUUUUUUUCAAAUCCAUAGGUGCUUAAUAAACUUUGUUGUCUUUGUACUGAAUGCAAAUGUUGGCUUCGACGUGUAUUAUUUGCCAUGUUUAUUUUGUUAUUUGUAGACUGAAAAAACAUAUGUAUAUGUAUAUAUAUAUAUAGUUUAUAUGCUUAUGUGUUUAUAUGUGUUAUAUGUAUAUAUUUUAUAUCUAUACUAAAAAUAAAUAAAUUAAAACAACUAAAAUAUUCUUGAUUUUAAAAUUCUUUUAAAUUUUAAUAAAUUUGAUAUUAUUUCUGAUAAUUUGUAAUAUGUAAAUUAUCACUUAUUAAAAAAAUGUUUACCAUGUAAUAUUUACCAUACGAGAAUUUGAAGAAUUUUUACUUUUAUUUUUUUUUGUUCUAUUAUUUGAUUGUACAAGUACUUUUGUAUCAGACCAUAAUCUACUAUUUGAAAUGUUUAGAUCUCCUUGUUGAACUAAGAAGUCGGAAUCUGUAUUAAAUUCCAAUGAUGUUAAUGAAGUAUUUAUAUUGUUUAAUUUAUUUGUAUUACUAUUUUUUAUAUUUUCAUCCAUUGAAAUAUCUAAAUGUGAUAUUUCUAAAUCACAAUUAGAAGCGUUUGAAGUUUCAACAUUUUCGUAUUCAUUUAAUAUAAAUGAAGUAUUAUGUUGUUCAUCAAUAUCAAUACAACAUGAAUCCUUUUCCAGUUCAUUACUUUCCAUUGAAAGUUGUAGAUUAAUAUUGUUUGUCUGUUUAUUUUUAUCUGUUUUAAUAUUUUCUUUUUCUACUAAAACUUCAUCUGAAUUCAUAACUGAAUAUAUUUUACUAUCAUUUAUUGGAACAUUAUUUCUUGGAUUAACAUCUGUAGCAAAAAAUUUACUCUCUGUGACAGUUUCUUCAUCUAUAAUUGUUCGCCUAAUAUGCAUUAUAUUUCUUCCCUUUAUUCUACUUUUACUUGUACACAAAAGACUUGGAGAAGUUUUGAUAGUAGAUGAGUAUUUUGAAAAUUGAUUUUUUCUUCUAAUUAAAACAGGAGAUACUUCAUCUUCACUAGGAGUAAGAUCAUUUAUAUCUAGGUUAUUUUCAACAUCCAUUGUAUUUGUAGAUUUAUAUGUAUCUAAUAUUUCCUUUUGAUUUAAUUGUUCGCAUUCUAUAAUAAUAUUUAUAUAUAUAUAUAUAUAUACACUUAAUGUACAUUUAAUUAUUAUUAAUAAAUUAUACUUAAUAAAUUAUUAUUAAUAAAAAUAUAUUAAAUACAUUUAAUUAUUUAGAUUCAA